AUGAAAGACAAGGGAGCCACAUCUCAAAAUACCAGCCGCCAAACCACGCAAACUUCCAUAACUCAGACGUUGUACGGAGCAUCGCCAUACCCUCCAAGUUCCCAGCGGCACAAAGAGAUAACAAACGCCAUCACUUAUCAUUUAGCUAAAGACAUGGCUCCAAUCAACACAGUUCAAAACGAGGGAUUUAAGGCGAUGAUAAAGACUUUGGACAAGCGCUACUCGUUGCCCUCUCGCAACUAUUUUUCAUCCGUUGCACUUCCAGGUCUAUACACCCAGUGUCGAAUUACAGUCGAGGAAGAAAUGCAAAAUAUGCAGUACUUCGCGGCAACAACAGACCUAUGGUCAAGCCGAACCAUGGAGCCGUAUUUAAGCUUGACAGUGCAUUUCAUAACGAAUGACUUCAACAUGAGGAGCCGCUGUCUACAGAGGACGUUCUUCCCUGCUGAUCACACUGGCGAGGAACUGGCACAGGGACUAAAGGACAGUCUCAACUCCUGGAGUUUGGAAGAGGACAAAAUGGUGUGCAUCACCACAGACAGUGGAGCAAACAUUGUAAAAGCAGCCUCCCUGAACAAGUGGACAAGGCUUCAAUGUUUUGGCCAUAGGCUACAUCUGGCUAUAGAGAAUGCAAUGAAAGAUUCCCGGAUUGACCGUGCUGUGGGUCUUUGUAAAAAGCUUGUGGCCUACUUCAGCCAUAGUUGGAAGCGGAGGAGGGAGCUUGCUAUUGCCCAAAAGGAGCUCAACCUGCCUGAACACCAGCUUAAAACGGAGUGCCCAACAAGAUGGGGAUCCCGACAAGCUAUGGUCCAGAGGGUCCUUGAACAGCAAACUGCUAUUGGACAUGUUCUCUCUGCUGACCGGAAGGCUAGACACCUGACACCAACCUGGCAGGAUAUCGAAGUCCUUGAAGUGAUCAACAAGACACUCACCCCGCUGGCAGACUUUACUGAUGCUCUGUCAGGAGAGCAGUAUGUUACUAUCUCCUCAGUCAAGCCGGUCCUCCACCUUUUUGAGACAAUGAUGGCAGUGCAGGAAGAUGAUACAGGUCUUGCACGAUCAAUUAAGUCGAAAAUCCUGCAUUACCUUAAAGAAAAGUAUAGUGAUCCACACACUCAGGAGCUGCUCGACAUAGCCACAGUAUUGGAUCCACGUUUUAAACUGAACUAUGUCAGCAAGGACAACAAAGUCAGUGUCAAGGACAGACUGAAGAAUGAGAUGACUAGCAUUGGUAUGCAAAGUCCCCCACAACUGACCCCAGCCCCAGCCUUCGCUGCCCCCGUAGAAAAGAAGAGAAAGACCUUAGGUUGUUUUUUAAAAGCAGCAAAGGGCAAUGAGGCAGCAGCACCAUCUGAUGCUUCUCAAGAGAAUGAUGUUGACAUGGAGCUAGGCUCAUAUCUACUCACAAGAAACAUUGACAGCGAAGAUGACCCCAUAAUCUGGUGGAAAGAACACAAGGGACAAUAUCCAAAACUGUCUGUGCUGGCAAGGAAAUACCUCUGUAUCACUGCUACAAGUUCCCCAUCAGAAAGGGUUUUCAGCACAGGGGGAACAUUGUAA